ACUUGUUAUUUCUCGCGUCUCGUGCCACUUUUGUCUCAGUCAUCACAACUCGUUUAUGACCCGGGUCACGACCAGCUUCCGAUAGGAGCCAAGUUUUCGCUUCUAACAAUCCAAUUGACCUUGGUGUAGCUUCUAGUCUCUGCUCACAGCCCAUAUAGACCUUGCGCUGCUGUAGCGAUCAUCAUCCACAUACAUCCGGUACCCAAUAGCCGAAGUCGCAGUUCUCUGGCACUCUUGUCGCAAAAGUAACCGUAGCACCACCGCAUUCGAAGCGACCACAGAUAUGAACGUUCUUCACAUCUUCGCCGGCCUCGCCGUUGUGGUGCCAGGCAUCUACAUGUUCACAGCCAGCACUGCCCAAUCGACCAUCAAGAACAAGCGAGUCUGUCUCCUGAUUGCGCAUCCCGACGACGAAGCCAUGUUCUUCUCCCCGACCGUCCUCGCCCUCACACGGCCCGAGAACGGAAACCACGUCAAGAUUCUAUGCCUAAGCACUGGAGAUGCCGACGGAUUAGGAGAAGUUCGCAAGAAGGAGCUGGUCAAGAGCGGCCUGGCGCUGGGACUGCAGAGCGAGGACGAUGUUUUUGUGGUCGACAACCCCACCGACUUCCCCGACUCCAUGACGCGAAUGUGGGACAAAAACCUGAUCGCUCGUCUGUUAGGAAGCACGUUUGCGCCUAAAUUCGGCCAGGAGCGUAAGAACAAUCUCAAGCCUACCGCGAACAUUGACAUCCUCGUUACAUUUGACAGCAACGGCGUGUCUUCUCACCCCAAUCAUAUCUCUCUCUACCUGGGUGCCCGAUCCUUCAUUCAGGCUCUUACCACUGCGUCCGAGUGGCCGAGCCCCGUCGAUCUAUAUACCCUUUCCACCGUAGGCAUUGUGCGCAAGUACUCCGCCUUCAUGGACUUUGUUCCCACGCUACUCUCGUCCAUCGGUGUCAAGGACAAGGACAAGGAGCGACCCGAAAGCUUGGUAUUCAUGAACCAGCUUGUUGGUCGUGGUGCCUAUGGCACUGCUUGGAGCGCCAUGACCCAAGCGCACAGAAGCCAGAUGGUCUGGUUCCGCUAUGGCUGGAUCACUCUCAGCCGGUACAUGGUCAUCAAUGAUCUGCGUCUCGAAAAGGUCAAGCCACAGUAACAUAAACGAAAAGCAAAGCAAAGGAACCGCAUGGCACGGGGAGUUUGGAACGUAUCUUACAUAUUCACUAUUUGUCUGUACGACCUUGGCGUACGAUUUACUUUGGUAUCUUACUUGCAUGUAAACACGAAUUUACGAGAACAAGGCAGGAUGUCUAGAAUGCAAAAUACUCAAUGGUUAGGGUCUGGUGGUACAAGCAUGAAACAUUGAAAUGAUAUUAUGCAUUAUGAAUACCAUGACCUGGUGGUUCUAGGGUUCCGUCUACCUAAACGCCUUGAAAAAAACAUCAGUUCUACGGA